AUGGAUGCCUUUUCAGGCUAUAAUCAGAUUUUCAUGCAUCCGUCUGAUCAAGAAAAGACAGCCUUCAUCACCGACCGAGGCUUGUAUUGCUACAAGGUCAUGCCAUUCGGUCUGAAGAAUGCCGGUGCAACUUACCAAAGGCUAGUAAACAGGAUGUUUCAAGAACAAAUUGGUAAGAAUAUGGAGGUUUAUGUUGAUGACAUGCUAGUCAAAAGCAAGCUGCAGAUGGACCAUGUUACAGACUUGCAGGAGGCGUUCAAGACAUUGAAGCGCUUUAAGAUGAAAUUAAACCCUACAAAGUGUGCAUUCGGAGUCUCAUCCGGGAAGUUCCUCGGUUAUAUGGUGUCUAGCCGAGGGAUUGAGGCUAAUCCAGAAAAGAUCCAGGCGGUAUUGGAUAUGCAAUCUCCAAAGAAUGUGAAGCAGGUUCAGCAGUUGACAGGAAGAGUCGCAACCUUGAACAGGUUCAUCUCUCGGUCUACAGAUAAGUGUCUUCCAUUUUUUAAGAUUUUACUACAGGCUUUCGAAUGGUCUGAAGAGUGCGAACAGGCGUUCGAACAGCUUAAAAAGUAUCUGGUUAGUCCACAUCUUCUCAGUCGAGCUGUUCCUGGGGAAACAUUGUAUCUAUACUUGGUAGUAUCACCAACUGCUGUUAGUGCGGCUUUGAUCCGGGAGGAAGAAGCGGUUCAGAAGCUAGUCUACUUCAUCAGCAGAGCGUUGCAUGGCGCCGAGGAAAGAUACGUACAGAUGGAGAAACUCGCUUUCGCCUUGGUAAUUGCCUCCAGAAAGCUCCGACCAUACUUCCAAGCUCAUACAAUCAAUGUCCUGACCGAGUAUCCAUUAAAGAAAGUACUUCGGAAGCUGGACUUGUCUGGUCGGCUGGUCAACUGGGCAAUUGAAAUUAGUGAAUUCGACAUUCACUUUAUCUCACGUAAUGCUGUUAAAGGUCAGGCUUUAGCAGACUUUGUGGUAGAAUUCACCAACAUUCAAGACCAGGAGGAUUGGCCGAAAGAGAGAACAUGGGUAAUUUAUGUGGAUGGUUCAUCUACCGGUGGAGCUAGGGUCGUAAUGAUCACGCCGGAUGGAAGAGAGUUGAAAAGCUCAUUAAGGUUAGAAUUCAAAACUACCAACAACGAAGCUGAGUAUGAAGCUGUAAUAGCUGGGCUCGGUUUAGCUCAAGAGCUAGAGGCAGAGUUGGUGGAAGUUCGGAGUGAUUCACAAGUUAUAGUCGGCCAUAUUCGCGGCGAGUUUGAGGCUAAGGGCACCAAAAUGAAACUCUACUUGUCCAAAAUUCAAGGUAUGCAAAAAUCUUUUAAGAAGUUUUGCAUUGUUAAAAUCCCAAGGGAAGAGAACAAGAAGGCCGACCAUCUGGCCCAUUUAGGCUCUUCAACAGAGUGUGAGGUGAGAGAAUUCGAUCAGAUAAUACAAGUUCAGCAACAGCCUUCCAUUGCUGAGAAGGUUUUUAUUCUAACUAUCGAAGUCAUGCCUGUUUGGGCUGAAGAAAUUGUUGGUUAUCUUGGAAGGGAAAUUCUGCCGGCAGAAAAGAGAAAGGCUGAAGAAGGUGAUUAUGUUCUUCGAGAGAUUCAUGAAAGAAUCUGUGGCAGUCACUCGGAACCCCGCAUCUUGGCUCACAAAGCAGUAAGAGCAGGAUUGUUUUGGCCGAGCAUGAACCAGGACUCCAUAAAUAUGGUCAAGACUUGUGAUAGCUGUCAGCGCUUUGCCAAUGUUAUCAAACAACCUCCAGAAGAACUAAGCUCGGUUUCGUCACCAUGGCCAUUUUCACAAUGGGGGGUGGAUAUAGUAGGGCCAUUACCUACAGGGAAAGGAGAAGUUCGGUUCGUUGUGGUCGCUGUAGACUAUUUUACCAAGUGGGCAGAAGCUGAAGCUCUGCAAUUUGACUGUGAGUCCUUUCGGAAUUGGUGUGCCGGACUUCAUGUUCGGCAAUACUUUUCAUCUCCGGGACAUCCUCAAGCAAAUGGACAAGUAGAAGCAACGAAUAAGACCAUAUUCCAGAUUCUGAAGAAGAAGCUCGGUCAGCAUAAGGGGGAAUGGUCAGAAAAUCUUCCCGAAGUUCUAUGGGCAUACCGCACAACCAGAAGGACUCAAACUGAGGAGACUCCUUUCGCCUUAGCCUACGGAACCGAGGCUGUCAUCCCUGCCGAGGUCGGAUCAUGA